CGCGUGACGGGCAGCGGCAUGGAACUGUGCGGGCGGGGCUGGGCCAAGGCGGCCGCCGUAGCGCGGGGCGCGUGGCGGGCCGGGCUCCGUCUCCAUGGCGACGCGGCCCUCGGCGGCCGGCGCGGGAAGAGCGCGGGGCCUUUCGCGGGCGGCCCUCGCGGCCCGCAGCCGGACUGGCGCCACCGGAACCGGACGGUGCUCACCUACCUGGCGGCCGCGGCCGUGGGCAUGGCGGGCGUGUCUUACGCGGCCGUGCCGCUCUACCGGCUGUACUGCCAGGCCACCGGGCUUGGUGGAUCUGCUGUGGCCGGUCAUGGGUCGGACCAGAUCGAGACGAUGGAACGCAUCAGAGACCGCAUCGUCAAGGUCACUUUCAACGCAGACGUCCAUUCGAGUCUCCAGUGGAACUUCAGACCUCAGCAGACCGAAGUGUAUGUAGUUCCAGGAGAGACUGCACUAGCAUUUUACAAAGCAAAGAAUCCCACGGAUAAGCCAAUAAUUGGAAUCUCUACCUACAAUGUGGUGCCUUUUGAAGCUGGCCAGUAUUUCAAUAAAAUACAAUGCUUUUGUUUUGAAGAACAGCGACUUAAUCCCCAUGAAGAAGUAGACAUGCCGGUGUUUUUCUUCAUUGAUCCUGAAUUUGCAGAAGACCCAAGGAUGGCCAGAGUUGACUUGAUCACUCUCUCUUACACAUUUUUUGAAGCAAAAGAAGGACAGACAUUACCUCUCCCUGGUUAUAAGUAAAUAUUUUGGAAUCUGGACUCUGCACUGGAGAUUCCUCUGCUAUUCAGCACUGAUGAUUUAUAGACUGCACCGAUAUUUAUUCUGUAGCAGAGGAGGAAGAUGGUGAAAAGCAGGAACCCUGUUUUAGAUGUACAAUUAUACCAAUGUCUGCUUCUUCUGAAGAUGUGAUUAUUAAACUUCUACACGUCUCUGAAUACAAUGAAUAAAAAUCACUCAAGACACUAAUUUCUCUCAUUCACAGGUAGGCAUUCAUUACCCGUGUUGUUACAUGGGAAUCAUGAAAUACAUAUACACAGAAAUUGUGUACCUUCACUUUUGGGAGUUGAUGUUUGAUUCAUCCAAUACUACUAGUAUUAAUUUGGGUAUAAUCAUUUCAUCCAUAUAUGUAGCAUUCUCAUCCAUUACGUCCAGGCUAGCACUAUCGUGUACGUUUUUUGAAAUAAAAAGUGCAGAGAGAAUAAUAAAACGUUUUGAAACAAAA